GGCCGGCCACAACUUAUUUGACUCACUGCAGCCCGAGCGAGCUGGCACUCCAGCUUGGCGUUCACUGUGGUUCCGACGCUCCGACCCGAGGGCCCUUCAGUUGAGUUGUCUCAUUUUGUUUUAUCCACGCAAAGCACCGACACUUAAGCAGCCAUGGAUGCCAUCAAGAAGAAGAUGCAGAUGCUCAAGCUCGACAAGGAGAAUGCCUUGGACAGAGCUGAGCAGGCUGAGUCCGACAAGAAGGCAGCUGAGGACAGGAGCAAACAGCUCGAGGAUGACUUGGUGGCACUGCAGAAGAAGCUGAAGGCGACAGAGGAUGAGUUGGACAAGUACUCUGAAGCCCUGAAGGAUGCCCAGGAGAAACUGGAGCUGGCUGAGAAGAAAGCCACAGAUGCUGAGGGCGAUGUCGCUUCCCUGAACAGACGUAUCCAGCUGGUUGAGGAGGAGUUGGAUCGUGCUCAGGAGCGUCUGGCCACAGCUCUGACCAAGCUGGAGGAGGCUGAGAAGGCUGCUGAUGAGAGCGAGAGAGGGAUGAAAGUCAUUGAGAACAGGGCAAUGAAGGACGAGGAGAAGAUGGAGCUGCAGGAGAUCCAGUUGAAGGAGGCCAAACACAUUGCUGAGGAAGCUGACCGCAAAUACGAGGAGGUGGCCCGUAAGCUUGUGAUCAUUGAGAGCGAUUUGGAACGUACAGAGGAGCGUGCUGAGCUGUCUGAGAGCAAAUGCUCUGAGCUAGAGGAGGAGCUGAAGACGGUGCAGAACAACCUGAAGUCUCUGGAGGCUCAGGCAGAAAAAUACUCGCAGAAGGAGGACAAGUACGAGGAAGAGAUCAAAGUUCUUACAGACAAGCUGAAGGAGGCUGAGACUCGUGCUGAGUUUGCUGAGAGAUCAGUUGCAAAGCUUGAGAAGACCAUUGAUGACCUGGAGGACCACCUUUACAAGCAGCUUGAGAAAAACCGUCUCCUCACCAAUGAGCUACGAGUAGCCUUAAACGAGGCCUGAAGUGGGGGAUCGGGCUCUCGUUUUGGUUUUCUGUCUUCACAAUUCCAGUUUCGACACAUUUGCGUCAGAAUUUUGUUCCAAAGAGCAUCUUCCACCCCUUAAUCCACGGAUGCUGUCAGUCGGCAGGUGGCAAAACAAUCCUUUUAUGGACUUUUAUUAUGCAUGCUUCAAGUAGACAUCUUGUGGCAAGGUCAGACAGACUGGUAUUUUUUUCAGCCGAGUAUAUUUGUAUGGUUUUUAACCUUGUCCAAACUGCACUACUUACAAAAAGUGAGGGAUAUUCGUUCAGCUCGUAGUUAGACAACAAUGUGCGUUGAGAGAAGGUCAAAUUAAGUUCACCUCUGAAGUGUAUACUGUGUAUAAAGUGGUCCCUCACUACAUCGCGGUUCGAACAUCACUCCCUCACUCGAUCGCGUUUUUUCAAAAAUUCAUAAAUGCUCGCUGUUUUGUGGUUGACGAUGCCCUGUUAUAAGUCCAAAACAUGCAUAUUUAAGCAGAUUGAACGUAUUUUGCAUUUAUGUAUUAAACAUUUUCAAGCAUAAAAAUGGCUUAACAAAUAUACAAAUGCAACAUAAGCCACUAAGACCACCAUUCAACUUAUGAAUGUAGUAUUCUUCAUUGGUCACUAGGGGUCAGUAAUUGUUCGGUGAGAAAAGCACCAGACUUGAUCGCCAGAACAACAGGCUUUUAUUGCAAUAAUAUAAUAAUCGUAAUAAUAGCACGGGUUAGUGUUGUGGGCUAUGGCCGCAACAGUAACUAAACUAAAGCUCACCAUAGAUUCCCCCCCACUACAAGGUAGGUGACUUAAAUGGCUUAUUUUCUAUAUCUACUAUAUUGGGUAAUACAAAUGUAGAGGUGAGAUAUGGAUGUUAUUUCAUGUCUAGAUGGCUCUGAUAAUGUUAAAGUGAAUUUAGAAGAUUGCAUACAGGUUUUCCAAGGAAUCCUACUUGGUAGUCGGGUCUGGAACCAAUUAACCGCAAUAAACAAGGGUCUACUGUAUCCCUAACUUUUUGUGAGUAGCGUAUGAUGCAGCAUGUAGCUACACUUGGAACCAAACUGCUUAUUGUCUUGGUUCCAAAUCAGACUCACUUUGUGUGACUGAACGUUGCUGUUAAGAUGGGCAUGCACUGUACAAUUUUCACAGUAUCAUCUUGAAAUUGUAACUAUCACUACACAAGUAAGACAACGUCGACGGUUGCUUGACUGAGCGCUCACACUGUUAUCUGUGGGUGGUGGUUGUUGCACGUAAGUCCAUGAGGUGUCAGUAGUGCGCGUUUGACUGUCAAAUCAAGAAGACAACCUAGCAGCUGUGUGUGAACUUGGACUGCUAAUGCUGAAAACAAUCCUAACAGCAAUGCAGCAUGCAGUCAGUAAAUGCCAAUCAAAUUUCUGACACUCCAGAAAUUCACCUGAUGGAUGUGUAAUGCGACUUCAGAGCUGCCCCAUUCAACUCGGGCUACAGACAGGUCUAAUAUGCAUAUGCAUUCCCAACUUUAGUCAUUUCUUCUGCUUUUUUUUUUUAAUUAAUUACUGUAAAGUUGUGAGUUCUUACAUUCCACUGCUUUUUACCCAAAGUAGGACUCACAAACCAAUUAGCAAAGCUUUAAAUGAGCCCUGCCCUAAGGCUGAAACUCAAAGUACUGGAUAGAAACUUUUGACUGCUUACUCACACCUGAAAUUCAAAAUAUGAAUUGUGUAACUCUGACUAAAGCUUCCUGUUUGUGUGUGUGCCCACUGUGUCUUAACGCUGCAAUGCUAUAUUAACAGAUGAACUCGCUCAUGCAAAAGAAGACAACCAGAGAGUAAAGCAGAUGCUGGAUCAGACUCUAAUGGAGAUAUGUAACAUUUGACCCAGCUGUACUCAUCCCCUCAAUGUGACUGGCUCUGGCACACCAUGGCUGCAGUACACAGAAUGUGUGUCUCCUCUCUGACCUCAUGAAACCAUACUUUGUUACGCACUGGAAGCAUUCACUAUAUUGUCUUUAUUUGUUGAGAGAAUAAGCACUUUUUGCAGGGAACAAAUAUGUCAUAUGAUCAUCAGCCAUAAGCAAGCCAAGGUUACAAAAGGGAUUUUUAUUGUGGAUUUUUGUUAAGUAUCUUGUUUGCGUUUCUUUAACCACUAUUGUUAACAACAAUUUGGUCACAUUGAUGUUUUUCUACUUUGUGUUAGCACAGUUCCCUGAAUGAACACCAACCAAUGUCAAAGAAAUAUUUGCACAGUGUAUUCACUUUUUUUUUUUUUUAUUUUGUUUUGCUAUUUUUUCCUGAAAAAUGUGUGUGUCAUUUUAUCUUGGAAAUGUCAUGAUCAUUAAUAAAUUGUUACAUCAAGUAUCUAA